CUCUUGAUCAACAACCGCACAGCGUGAAAGUGAAGUGAAGUUGGUUUCUCCGGUUUCCCGUUCAUAGACUUUUCUACUCAAGAAACAGCAUCUCAGGUGGUCCCUUGCGUCCCUCUUGAUCUUACGAGACUCCCUGCGAACCUGACCUUGGGCAGCAAUUGGAAUGAAACCGAUUCAGUCUUCAAUUUGUGUUACGGGAGCCUCGUGGGAAAUGGCUUGGCUUCUGUGAGACGACGUUUGGCUGGUGUCUUUGGAGCCUGACCCCAUCCAACACUUCAAAUGGAACCGAAUCAGUCUUCAGGUCACGGAUCUCAAGUGGUCCCGUGUGCGCCCCUCUUGAUCUUACGAGACUCCCCACGAACCUGACCCUGGGCAGCACCUCGAAUGGAACCAACUCAGUCCUCAAGUUGUGGUGAUGGAGCCACAUUGAUAGGGGAAACCAGCUACCCACUGAAAGUCACUGAAGACAUCUGGUUUGGAUGCUGUUCCUGCACCUAUGUCACCAGAGAUCAGCGUGAAAUUGUGAGCCACCUUUCUGCCCAUGGUGAUGAACAAUCCAAGUGUCAGCAUCCUCUCAUGCCUGGCUCUGAGUUCCAAGUGCUCUGCAACACUCGAAAGCACAAGAGUGAAAAGCCAUACAAGUGCAAGCUUUGCCCCCAAACAUUUGCUUAUAAUUCCCUUCUGACCCAUCAUAAUCGAACACACACUGGUGAAAAGCCAUUUAAAUGCAUGCAAUGCCCCAAAACCUUUACUCAGAGUAGAAGUCUGAUCUACCACAAUCAAGCACACACAAGUGAAAAGCCAUUUAAGUGCAAGCUUUGCCCCAAAGAGUUUGCUUGCGAUUCCCUUCUAAACUACCAUAUUCAUUUGCACACUGCUGAGAAGCCAUUCAAGUGCAAGCAGUGCCCCAAAACCUUUGCUAAGAGUAGCAAACUGAUCUACCAUAACCAAAUGCACACAGGGGAAAAGUUAUUUAAGUGCAAUCAGUGCUUUAAAGCCUUUGCUCGAAAUUCCCAACUGACAGAGCAUAAUCGAAAGCACACUGGGGAAAAGCCAUUUAAGUGCAUGCAGUGCCCCCAAGCCUUUUCUUACAAUUCUUCUCUGCAAAGACAUAAUCGAACGCACACAGGUGAAAAGCCAUUUGAGUGCAAGCAGUGCUUCAAAGCCUUUGCUCGAAAUUCCCAACUGACUGAGCAUAAUCGAAAGCACACUGGUGAAAAGCCAUUUAAGUGCACGCAGUGCCCCCAAGCCUUUUCUUACAGUUCUUCUCUGCAAAAACAUAAUCGAACACACACAGGUGAAAAGCCAUUUAAGUGCAAGCAAUGCCCCCAAGCCUUUUCUUGCAAUUCUCCGCAAAGCCAUAGUCAGAUGCACACAGGUGAAAAGCCAUUUAAGUGCAAGCAGUGCCCCCAAGCCUUUUCUCACGAUUCUUCUUUGCGAAGACAUAAUCGAAUGCACACAGGUGAAAAGCCAUUUAAGUGCGAGCAGUGCCCCCACACCUUUUCUCACAAUUAUGCUCUGCGAAGACAUAAUCGAACGCACACAGGUGAAAAGCCAUUUGAGUGCAAGCAGUGCUUCAAAGCCUUUGCUCGAAAUUCCCAACUGACUGAGCAUAAUCGAAAGCACACUGGUGAAAAGCCAUUUAAGUGCACGCAGUGCCCCCAAGCCUUUUCUUCCAAUUCUUCUUUGCAAAGACAUAAUCGAAAACACACAGGUGAAAAGCCAUUUAAGUGCGAGCAAUGCCCCCAAGCCUUUUCUCGCAAUUCUCUGCAAAGCCAUAGUCAGAUGCACACAGGUGAAAAGCCAUUUAAGUGCAAGCUGUGCCCCCUAGCCUUUUCUCACGAUUCUUCUUUGCGAAGACAUAAUCGAACGCACACAGGCGAAAAGCCAUUUAAGUGCAAGCAGUGCCCCCAAGCCUUUUCUCAUGAUUCUUCUCUGCAAAGACAUAAUGAAAUGCACGAAAAGCCAUUUAAGUGCAAGCAGUGCCUCCAAGCCUUUUCUCACGAUUAUUCUCUGCGAAGACAUAGUCAAAUGCACACAGGUGAAAUGUUAUUUAAGUGCAAGCGGUGCCCUUUAACCUUUGCUGAGAGUAGCAAACUGAUCUACCACAACCGAACGCACAGAGGUGAAAAGCCAUUUAAGUGCAAGCAGUGCUUCAAAUCAUUUGCUAGAAAUUCCCAUCUAACAGAGCAUAAUCGAAUGCACACUGGUGAAAGGCCAUUUAAGUGCAAGCAGUGCCCCCUAACCUUUUCUCACAAAUCUUCCCUGCAAAGACAUAAUCAUAUACACACUGGUGAAAAGCCAUUUAAGUGUGAGCAGUGCCCCCAAGCAUUUUCUCACAAUUCCUAUCUGAUGCAGCAUAAUAAAAGGAAACACUGGUGAGAAGCCAUUUAAGUGCAAGCAGUGCCCCCAAGUCUUCUCACAAUUCUCUGCAAAGCCAUAAUCGAAUACUCUGGUGAAAAGCCAUUUAAGUGCAAGCGGUGUCGCAUAGCCCUUUCUCUAAAUUCGUCCCUGCAAAGCCAUAAUCGAACACAUACAGGUGAAAAAUCAUUUAAGUGCAAGCAAUGCCCCCAAGCCUUUUUCAUAAUACCAGUCAGAUCCCCCAUUAUUGAAAACAGUGUUUAAGGGGAAUGAGGGUCUUUAACUUUUUUAUUUUUCAUUUAUCGUGCUGAAAUGUAGUAUACUGAUGUAUUUCAGUGGUGAUUUUAAGUGGAUUUAGUUUUCAGAUAGUUUUAGUAAAUCCUGAGCUAUCAAUAAAUACUGCAAACGACUAAAUUUUCGCGAGGACCUAAUUUUCGCGAAUUUUGCGAAUCUCCUACAAUUUGCGAAAAAUACAUCCCGUGAAAAACUCGGGCAAUAUGUGAAUGCUACGGAAGCUACACUCGAUUUGCGAAAAUUAGAACCCGCAAAUAAUUUCAAGUUUCAAGCUUUGGCUCGAUUCGCAAACAUUUGAGCCCGUGAAAAUUAAGUCGUUUACAGUAUUAAUUUCAAUUAAGCCUUCGUUAUGAGUUGUUAGCAUAAAAUUAUUCAGAAGAUAUCAGAAAUGUUUACAGCCCAAUAAAAUCUGUUUCA